UGCCGGUGCACCCGGACAGCUUUCGGUUGUUGGGGUGUCACUGGGAGGGCGAAUUCUAUGUGGACAAGUGCCUGCCCAUGGGUUGCUCAGUGUCCUGCGCAUUAUUCGAACAGUUCAGUUCUUUCUUGGAGUGGGUGGUACGAGACGUGGCGGGGGUGGAUUCGGUUAUCCAUUAUCUGGAUGACUUUCUCUGCAUUGGACCGGCGGGGUCAAAGGUUUGCGCGGUUUUGUUGGCCACGCUGGAGCACAUAGCUGAGCGUUUUGGGGUGCCAUUGGCGCCCGACAAAACGGAGGGGCCUAGGUCGGUCAUUCAGUUCUUGGGCAUAGUUAUCGAUUCCGAGGCUAUGGAAUGCAGGCUGCCGGCGGACAAGUUGGAAGGCCUCAAGGAGGAGGUCAGGGGGAUGAUUGGCAUGCGUAAGGUACAACUGAGAGCGCUGCAGUCGCUCUUGGGGAAGCUCAACUUUGCCUGCAGGAUCCUCCCGAUGGGGAGAAUUUUUUGUCGGCGUCUGGCGGCCAGCACGGCGGGGGUUAGGUUGCCUAACCACUAUGUAAGGCUGGUGAAGGAACACAGGGAGGACCUGUGGGUCUGGCACUCUUUUUUAGAGGCCUUUAACGGAAGGGCCUUGUGGAUGUCGGGCCCGGUCAGCAAUUUUGACCUAGAGCUGUACACAGACGCGGCCGGGGGAUCAGGCUUUGGGGCCUUUUUUCAAGGACAGUGGAGUGCGGGCCCCUGGCCUCAGUCCUGGCUGUCUGCGGGUUUUACAAAAAAUUUGGUGCUGCUGGAGCUGUUUCCAGUGGUGCUGGCGGUUGAGUUGUGGGGCACGUCUUUCCGGGAUCGGAAGGUGCGCUUCCAUGGGGAUAACCUGGGGGUCGUGCAGGUGAUAAAUCGCGUGACCGCGUCUUCUCCCCCAGUGAUUCGGCUCUUGAGACACUUGGUACUUCGGUGUCUGCAGCUGAAUGUGUUUGUUUAUGCGGUGCAUUUACCGGGGGUUGAAAAUGUCGUGGCUGAUGCUUUGUCUCGGUUCCAGUGGGACAGGUUCCGGGAGUUGGUGCCGGAAGCAGAGGAGCGAGGGGUCCCUGUCCGGAGUGGCUGUGGCAGAUUCCAUUGGAAUCAUCUCCACCUGGAUUAAAAAAUCGGUACUGGACCUUUGUUGGUCUGGAUUUUGGGCCACUCUUACGUGGUUCGGGGGGAAAAACGGGCGGAGGCGCGCCCGACCGGUCGGCAACUGGGGAUCUCGAGACAGGAGGCGAGGGUACGGUGGUUGGGGGUCCCCGGGAUGUUAUGGAGCAGAGUUGUGCCGGAGGUACACAAAUGGGCACGUUUGGACAGACCUCCGGAGGUGCUAGUGAUUCAUGCUGGGGGCAAUGAUCUUGGGGUGAGAUCUAUGCUGGAGAUAGCGCGGGAUAUUAAGUUCGAUUUUCAGCGGCUC